AUGUCUUUCAAUCCACCUGUAUUUCUCAAAGAAAAUGAGGAAAAUAAAUCAAAAUUUGUGGAAAUGGAAGAGUCACAAACUACUUCCAUAGUUUCAGAAGAUCCCCUUCAAAACUUACGCUUGGCAUCUCAAGAAGUUCUUCAGAAAGCUCAGCGAAGUGGAAGAUCAAAGUGUCUUAAAUGUGGUGGUUCUAGAAUGUUCUACUGCUAUACAUGUUAUGUCCCUGUUGAAAAUGUUCCCAUUGAACAAAUUCCACUUGUAAAGCUUCCACUGAAGAUUGAUAUUAUUAAGCAUCCAAAUGAAACAGAUGGGAAAAGUACUGCUAUACAUGCAAAGCUCUUAGCACCUGAAUUUGUAAAUAUUUAUACAUAUCCUUGUAUUCCAGAAUAUGAAGACCAUGAAGUCGCGCUUGUUUUUCCUGGCCCUAAAUCUGUCUCAGUAAAAGAUAUUUGUUCUCAUCUUCAAAAAAGGAUUCAAAAUAAUAUUAAAGGCAAAAAUGAAGACCUUGACAAACCAUCUGUUAAACGCAAGAAAAUUGAAGGACAGGAUGACUGUAAUUUGAACAGUAGCCAAUGGAAAGAGAUAACAUUGAAAAAAAUUAUUUUUAUAGAUAGUACCUGGAACCAAACAAACAAAAUAUUCACUGAUGAGCGACUUGAAGGAUUAUUACAAGUUGAGUUGAAAUCGAGAAAAACUUGUUUUUGGCGCCAUCAAAAAGGAAAGCCAGAUACAUUCCUGUCCACAAUUGAAGCCAUUUACUAUUUUCUAGUAGACUACCAUACUGAUAUACUGAAAGAGAAAUACAUGGGACAAUAUGAUAAUCUCUUAUUUUUCUAUUCUUUCAUGCACCAGUUGAUAAAAACUGCCAAAUGCUCUGGAAACAAAGAAGCAAAAAAACUUAUCCAUUAA